AACGGGUAUAUUCUAAUAAAUGCACACGUCGUUGAGUUCGCGAUCUUUGGCAAGGAGCAAAACCCCAGAGGACCAAGUGUCAGAGAAACGAUGGACGAGGGAGGAGGGGGAGUGCAGGUCCUAGGAGAAGAGGAACAAGGAGAGGAAUGGGCGAUAACCAGUCCGCUGCACCUGGCGGCGUACAGUGGAGACCUUUCUCAACUCCAGGAGGCCCUGAAAGAGACAACCGUUUUCCUCCCAUUCUCUUAUAUGGACUGCCACAGUGCCGGUGGACAGUGUUGAUGAGUAUGGUAGAACACCUGUCAUGUAUGCCGCCAUGGCCGACAGAGAAGACUGUGUGGAGCUGCUCGUCAAGAAAGGGGCCUCCCCCAAUAUCCAGGAUGGGAAUGGUCAGACAGCAGUCCACCUGGCAGCUGUCAGUGGAAGCCAUCGCUGUCUCAGAACACUCAUCUCCAAGAACCCUGACCUCCGCGUGAGGGACAUUGACGGGAGGACACCUCUCCACCUUGCCACCAGCCACUCCAGCUCUAAGUGUGUGUCCACAAUUCUCCGCAAACUGAAGUCUCAUGAGCUCAACGAUACUGACAACGAGAAGAUGACGGCCUUACAUUGGAGUGCCUAUAACAACACCACUGAGAACAUCAAGGUCCUCAUGAAGGCUGGAGCAGAUAUAGCGGUGACAGACAUGGACGGAAAGACGGCUCUCCACUGGACAGCCAACAACCAGGACCCCUCCUCGGCCAGGGUCCUCUGUGAGCUGGCUCCUCUGGCCGUCAAUUUGAAGGAUAUUGAGGGGAGGACUGCCCUCCACCUGGCCGUGGUGGUUGGGAACAGACCUGUCGCUGAGACCCUGAUGUCAGGAGUGGGGACGGCGAGGUGUGACCUGUCAGCGGCAGACAUGGAGUUCCGCACGGCCCUCCACUGGGCCGCCGUCCUCGGUAACUCUGAGAUGGUGGCCCUCCUCCUGGAGAGGGGGGCCUCCGCCCACGCCCAGGACUCUGUCGGAGCCACACCCCUUCAUUAUGCCGCUCAGAAUAAUCAUGUGGAGUGUGUGUCGGUGAUGCUGAGCAAGGCCAGUGGUAUAGAGGAGAGUGGAGAUAAGGAGGGGAGGACUGCUCUCAUGUGGGCCGCCCAGCGAGGCAACUACCCUGUCCUCAACACCCUCCUCCAGGCUGGCAGCAAUCCCAACACUGUCGACCUCUUUGGGGCCUCAGCUCUGCACGCUGCAGCUCUCUCUGGACAUGCCAACUGUGUUCAACUACUGCUACAGCAUGGAGCAGAGAAGGAUCUGCAGGACUCCAAUGGCUACACUCCACUGUUCAGAGCCUGCGAGAAAGGUCACACAGAGGUCACCAUGGUCCUCAUCCAUGCCGGCGCACAAGUCAUGCUCCAGGACAGCAGUGGAAGGAACUGUCUUCAUUGGGCAGCCUCAGGUGGUCAUCCAGUCAUCUGCUCCUCCCUCCUCACUCAGAAUGUCCCCGUUGACGUCCUCGACCAUAGAGGUCAUACAGCUCUCCACUGUGCCGCCUACGGAGGUCACCUGGAGACAGUGCAGCUGCUCCUCGAGGCAGGGUCAGAGGUCAACCUCCAGGAUAACGAGGGGAUCACCGCUCUUCACUGGGCCUCAUCUGUUGGCCACACCCCCAUCGUUAGCCUCCUCCUCUCCUUUGGGGCCAACCCCACUGUAUUUGAGGUGGACGGGGAGCAGUUGACUCCACUGGACUAUGCAGUGAUAGGUCAGCACCAGGAGGUGGCAACUCUCCUCAUAGAACAUGGAGCUCUCUCCAUCAGCCUCGUCAGGGACCUCGCUGCCAUCUGCAUUCAGAAGGUCUGUUGUGUAUAUGUACGUAUGUACCACUUAGUGAUACCACAUACAGUGGGAAACUGUUGAGGAGAAUUUUUUUGCGAUUUUUGGAUAGUUUAAUAUUAUUUUU